CUUCGCUUAGCUCUUUGAGCUCUUAUCCGUAGUCGGAUAUCAUGAUCAUCGAGGUAUCGGAUGGGGAUAGAUGAAGCUUGAUACUUUGUCAUCUUAUCCGGGAUCAGAUACUUAAUUUCGGAUCGAGCGAGCAGUGACUAGCUUGGUCCUCCAUUGGAUUCGGAGAGCUUCACGUCCGCCCACGGCAAAGGUAAGUUCGUGAAUCAUACAGGCGCAACCGAAGGGCAACAGGCAGCCUAACUUAAGUGGCAUUUCAUUUCCUCGCAAUUCUAUAAGUAUCCAUCGAUUGCUCUCUACUCAAGAUGACGAUAUUUGAAGCCUAGAGGAAACCCUUCCAUCCUCGUGCCCACCCAAACACCAAUCCUCUUCAUCGAUUAUGGGACAGCAUCCCAAUUGCCCACCACGGACUAUCAAAGCCGCCCUUCUCAAGUUUUGAAAACAAACAUCAUAAUCCACGCCCAAGGGCAUCGUCCAGUUCUCAGGCACAAUGCCUAGCCUUGCCGAACUCGACUCGGCUGCCCAUGUUGUCGCACAGGGCUCGGAAGCCACAGCUCUAGGCAACACCCCCUUCGCCUCCGAAACCAGGAACACCAAGCCAGAUCCUCGGUCCUUGCAAAGCCUUACCCCAAAAUUGAAAGCCCUGUUUCACUCCCUGCCCGACGAAAUCCACCUUAACAUCCUCGCACAGCUCUGGCGAGACCCAGUUUCUCAGAUCUGCUUCGGGCUCACAGCUCGCCGCUUUUAUGCACUCUUUCACGACGUGCUAGACAAAGGCUUGCUGUACGAUGGCGCUGGUAAGGUGUAUGAGAUUAAGCGAUACCCGUUCGAUCUCCGUAUGCGAGCUGCAAUUGAUGAGAGUCAUGUGCUCUAUGGUUGGUACGAGUAUGGAUAUAUGCUAGGAGCUACCUGUGUCGAGUGGCAGAGAUCGCUUGGUGAGUUAUUGUGGGACGAGGAAUGGCUUUGGACUGGGCUGAGGUGCUGUUUUGAGUGCAUGAAGUAUAAACCUGAAGAGGCAUUUGGUGGAUUUGAGCUUGAGAAGAAACUCGAGAAGGAGGAUUCGAUGGCUUGGAGGAUGUCCCAGGAGAGGGAGGCGAGCUCGUACCGUAAGUGUUGUAGGAGGUGUAGAGCAAAGAGUUUGCUGGUUAACCUUGGGGGACGAGAGGAGGUUGUCGAGGUCCAAGGUAAUGCAUUUGAGGAGAGGGCCAGCCUGGGAUUGAUCAGAUGUGGUGAGGAGAGAAGAUCGAGAGAACUGUGGACGAAGAUGAACUGCUACUAUUAUGAGGAUGGGGAUAUUUUGGAGACGUGGGAUGAGGUAUUUGCCAAGAUGGGUCUUUGAGUGGUUGGUUGGAGACUUCGUUGAUAGGAAUGGUCGUAUUUGGCCACUUGGAGUGCGCAGAGGGUAUGCUCAGACUGGCCCUUUUUGGGCAGACUUCUGUCUUGGUGAGCGAAUAUUUGGGCGUCUGUAGAGCGAAAGAGUUUAGUUUGGGCGGGAUACAAUAUAACUCCAUCAUUUCAAUAGUGUUCGCGGAAAUGCCAGGAUAGCAACCUGGACUGAUGCAUCUGACUUGUCUUAGAAGAGUCAGACGGUAGCCUGAUAAAAAUCACCAAAAUCUAAUGUAGAGGCAACUGUGUAGGCUUUGGGAAGUCACUCAGAGACUCAAUGACAUUAUAUUGUAGCAAAAAGAAAC